AUGAACCCGUCCAAAACUGCAUCGUCUGUCGCACCUGUCGAUGGGGCUGAAUCAUCAGCAUACGACCAUACAUUUGGGUCACGCACAUUGGAUGAGGGUGAUGAUGUAUGGAGUCACAACGCAUGGGAUCAUGUUGUUCCACCCCAAGAACACACGGACAUGGUGGAAGAGCUUCUCAAUAAGCAGGCAGAGUCUCGUGUGUGUGAUGAUGAUGCUGCUCGCUACCACGCGCAUGCAUCCGAAUACUGGGAUUCAUUCUAUUCGCGUCAUGAAAACCGAUUCUUUAAGGACCGUCAGUGGCUUCGCAUAGAGUUUCCUGAGCUUAUUGCUGCUACCAGAGCAGACGCUCCUCCCACGACGAUCGUUGAACUUGGGUGUGGGGCAGGCAACACGGUCUUCCCACUUCUCAGCAUGAAUAAGAAUGCCAACUUACGUCUUGUCGCCUGUGACUAUGCUCCACAAGCCGUGCAAGUGGUUCAAAAUCAUCCAUUAUACCAAAAUCAAUCAACUUGCGAAGCCUAUGUAUAUGAUCUGAGUGCGGGCACACAGCAUGCACGUUCUACUGCUACGGAAGCUGAGCGGCUGCCGCCCAACAUUGAGCCAGAAUCUGUCGAUAUUGUCGUGUUGAUUUUUGUCUUGUCCGCACUACAUCCUAAUGAAUGGAAAGCAGCAGCAGAAAAUGUGUAUCGAAUGCUGAAACCUCGCACAGGACUCGUCCUCCUCCGCGAUUACGGAAGGCAUGACUUGCCACAGCUGCGCUUUAAAAAAAACCGCCUAUUGGACGACAACUUUUACGUCCGUGGCGACGGAACACGGGUCUAUUUCUUCACACCCGAAGAGCUCAUGAGUAUAUUCAAUGUGGCACCACGAGGACAACACAAGCAAGAGCGAUUCGAAGCCCAGCAGAUGGCCAUCGAUCGCCGCUUACUCGUUAAUCGCAAGGAGCGCAAACAAAUGUUCCGCGUAUGGAUGCAAGCCAAAUUCUUAAAAACAGCCUCGUCAUGA